AUUUCACUCAUUUUGCCCUGCCAAAUUGAAAUCUCUCUAGGUCUCACAGAAAUCUCACGUCUGCUUGCUAGGGUUUGAUUGGUAAUACGCAAGAUAACACAUCUGGAGAUCAAGAUCGAUUGAGCCCUUCUUGUGGCUUCGGAGUUAAAGAGAGACUGCUUCUUUUGCGACUCAAUUUGAUCCUCUUUCAGUCGCUUGCGUACAUAGAUUUCUGGAAAAGGAAGCCAUAAGCUGUUGUUGUGAUUUAUAGAAAUCAUGGCUAGCAGAGCUGAAGGUGAGCGCAAGGAACCAAUAAAUGAACAAGCAGUUGCAAACAUGUACUCCGCAAUGAGAUCUGAACUGAAUCAAAUAUACUCAAAGAUCACUGAACUGGAGAUGGAAGCGAGUGAGCACUCAUUGGUCAUGAAUGCUAUCCAGCCGCUCGAUCCUUCCAGACGGUGCUAUCGGAUGAUUGGAGGAGUCCUGGUUGAGAGAACUGUCAAAGAGGUGCUUCCUGCCGUCCAGCGCAACAAAGAAGGGAUUGAAGAGGUGAUUGCCAGGCUUAACGAGGCCUUGCAGAAGAAGAAAAAGGAAAUGACUGAUUUUGAGGCCAAAUACAAGAUUAGGAUUACAAGGUCCGAUAAUGAGGUGAAAGAUGAGGGUGCCCGGAAAGAAGGUUCUGCACAAGGAGUCCUCGUAGGUCCAGCAGCUUCAAGUGAAUGAAAUUUUUUUUUUUAUUUCUUCUGUCUCUUGUAGUAAAUUAUCAUCUGCUAUGCAUAUGGUAUGGCUUCUAAUUGGAUGUUUGGUUGAGCAGCUGAAGUAUAUCAUAAACAGAAAUUGCUAGAUGUGACUAUGUUUGCUCUUUCUUGUUUGAAGUGGAACAUCUUCAUUUUACUCUGCUGCAAAAUGCAAUUGCUAAACGGGAAUUCUGCAGUGAAGAGUUAUGAAUGA